AUUCGAAACAAAACUAAAAUGGCUUCUAACGGCAAAAAAAUUGAUAUGCACGUUCAUAUCCUCCCAUCAACCGUUCCUGAUUGGAAAGAAGAAUUUGGCUAUGGCGGAUUUAUUUCUAUCGAACAAGAAACAACCUCCGACAAUAAAGUAAAAGCAAACAUGAUGAAGGAUGGUCAAUUCUUUAGAGCUGUUGAAGAAAAUUGUUGGAAUCCAGAGGCUCGUUUGGAAGAUAUGAAGAAGACAGGUGUAACUGCACAAGUUUUGUCAACUGUUCCUGUCAUGUUUAAUUAUUGGGCUAAACCGAAUGAUGCAUUGAAAACUUCAAUGUUUUUGAAUGAUGACAUUGCUAAUACUUGUAACAAAUAUGAGGAUUAUUUCUUGGGACUUGGAACUGUGCCAAUGCAAGCACCUGAUUUGGCAUGUAAGGAAAUUCGUAGAUGUAUGGAAGAAUUGCACUUGUCAGGAAUUCAAAUUGGAUCUCAUAUUAAUAAUUACUGUUUGGAUGAUCCUUCAUUAUUCCCAAUUUUUGAAACUGCUGCUGAAUUGGAUUGUCCAAUAAUGAUUCAUCCUUGGCAAAUGAUUGGUUCUGAUUUGAUGAAAAAAUAUUGGUUGCCUUGGUUGGUUGGUAUGCCUGCUGAGACUACUUUGGCAAUUUGCAGUUUAAUUUUCGGUGGAGUAUUGGAAAAAUUACCAAAUCUCAAAGUUUGCUUUUCACAUGGUGGUGGUAGUUUCCCAUAUACUAUUGGUAGAAUUGAACAUGGAUACAAUGUUAGACCAGAUUUGUGUCAAGUAGAUUGUAAAGUCAACCCAAGAGAUUUCUGUGGAAAAAUUUGGGCUGAUACCAUAACACAUGAUGAUGACGCCCUCAAAUUACUAGUCAAAGUUUUUGGAGAUGAUAGAGUAAUGCUUGGAUCUGAUUAUCCAUUCCCAUUGGGUGAACAUCAUCCUGGAAAAUUAGUUGAAGAUUCUACAAGUUUCUCCCAAGAACAAAAGGAUAAGCUUCUCUAUUAUAAUACUAAAGAAUUUUUGAAUAUUCCAAAGGAUAAAUUUUAAAUAAAUGGAAUUGAGAUUUAGAAUUGAGAUUAAAGUGGAAAAUAUUCGAAAGUUACAAAAUUAUUAGAUAAGAAAUGGUAAUUUAUUUAUUUCAUAUUUUUGAGAUUACCAUGAUUGAAUUGGCUUCGAAUGUGAAAAUUUAAAUAUCAGCAAGACCAGACCAAACGUUGCUUUCAAUACCACAUUCGUCCUUUCCUCUCAAAAUCCAGAAGUGUCCAUCCUUUGAAAAAUGUUAAACUAAACUAUAUUCGAAAGUCGUAAACUUACAAUUCCCCAAGAAGUUCCCCAAGAAUUGGCAACAAUCCAAUAUGGAGUUUCCUUUCCAUCAGAAGUAACACCCCAACCUUGAUUUGUAAUUUCAAUUAUUUAACACUUUACAAAAAAUUUCAAUUCUAAACUUACCAAUAACCUUAAUAGCGUGACCACCCAUAACACCACCAGUAACAUGUCUAUAAACACCCUU